UUGUCAUGUAGAUAUUGUUGUUAUAGCUACACCUCCCAGUUGUCAUGUAGAUAUUGUUGCUAUAACUACACCUCCCAGUUAUCACGUAGAUAUUGUUGUUAUAACUACAUCUCCCAGUUGUCAUGUAGAUAUUGUUGCUAUAACUACACCUCCCAGUUGUCACGUAGAUAUUGUUGUUAUAACUACAUCUCCCAGUUGUCAUGUAGAUAUUGUUGUUAUAACUACACGUCCCAGUUGUCACGUAGAUAUUGUUGUUAUAACUACAUCUCCCAGUUGUCAUGUAGAUAUUGUUGCUAUAACUACACCUCCCAGUUGUCAUGUAGAUAUUGUUGUUAUAACUACACCUCCCAGUUGUCAUGUAGAUAUUGUUGCUAUAACUACACCUCCCAGUUGUCAUGUAGAUAUUGUUGCUAUAACUACACCUCCCAAUUGUCAUGUAGAUAUUGUUGCUAUAACUACACCUCCCAGUUGUCAUGUAGAUAUUGUUGCUAUAACUACACCUCCCCGUUGUCAUGUAGAUAUUGUUGCUAUAACUACAUCUCCCAGUUGUCAUAACUGGAGAAACGUCUGUAACAAUAACAGUAAUAUUAAUAUGACAACUGUGAAGUGUAGUUAUAGUAACAAUAUCUACAUGACAACGUUUGUACCAGUAAAUAAUUUGGUUGUCAUACUCCCAAAGGAGUGGAAAUGA